AUGGCAGGUUAUCCUGGCUUCACUUAUCCUACUCUUGUGGCUGUUCCUAUAGUUCAGAUAAAGCCCUCUGACGGAAACUUCGCGGACUCCAGGAGAGGGCAGCAGCGAGCAGCCGGGCCAUCCGAUAAUGAGGAGGGUGUUGGCCAUGAACUACCCCGUGUCUACUUCCCCGAUCGGCCUGACCUAUUUAAGGAGGUCGAAUGGGGAAGUCUCCCUAGCCAAAAGGACACUCAGAAAGCGUACAAGCUUUGGUCAACUCAGGACUCUUGCCUCGGAGAUGAAAAUAUCAGGCUUCGUAGCUAUCCGCGGGCAAAAUCCACGGAACACUUAAAUAACCCGCGCACUUGCCUUGCACGAAACGUUUACGAGAAUAUUUUACACUCGGAUCUAUUUCCCUCCCCUCAACCAGUCAAAGAAAAUGCGCAGUAUCGAUACAUUCCUCAGACAGACAGGUAUGAGCCUUUGCGAUAUUGGCAGAUAUUCCAUUCAAACAACCCUAGUCGUGAUGCUUCCCCUGAGCCGCCGUCAUCGCCUAUCUUGAUAAAUGGUUACAAUGUUCUUACCGAUCGAUUCUGGACCAAGAAGAGGCUCCAAGCGCAACUACGAUCUCGAAACUUAGACCCCAAUGGCCUUGUUCGAGAUUUACGCCAGCGAUUGCAUGACAGUGAACAGCUUUCCAGAGAAAAUCUUUUACCUCGAGAAGAUUUGUCACAUUGGGGAAUCAGUCGCAAUAAUGAUUUUACGAUUCGAAUUUCUGCCGAAGCGGAACUAAAACCCAUAGAUAUAUAUACAUGGGCUAUAAUUCUCAGCCCGUACAACCCCACUUACUGGACCAGCCGAGCUUAUCUUCAUUAUGAGAAGGGAUAUUUUGACCUUGCUAUCGGAGAUGCAUACCGUGCCCAAAUGCUUUGUGAAGUUUUGAUAAAUCCACAAUUACGAAACCGACAGCCAGGGUUGUACAUUCGAAUCUGGGAUGCCCUCGAAAAGCAUAUAUUACAGAUACCCACCACGAACGCCAACAGAGCAGGUGCAGUCGAGUUAUUACGGGGUUCGGACGGGAUCAAUUGUUUCAUUCCAACCGUCUGCACAGCCAUACAUCACAUUAUUAGUCUAAGUUUACUCAGUCUGCAUUGUUGGUCAGAUUACGAAGCUAUAGAAAGACCUUUAGCAGAAAGGCCAGUAGAGGAGGAUGGGGCUACGCAGGAAAUUAGGGAGCGAUGGGCCAGAAUCAAACCUCUCGUGGAAACUAACCAGCAAGGUCAAAGGAGCAAUUCCGAUGAGUACUUUUUCGAAACCAACUAUGGCCAUGUUAUACUACGAGACUAUCCAUAUAGCGCCCAGGAUGUUGACAGGACGAUUGAUGUGUUUAAGAAGAGGAUAACUGAACAUUUCAUUGGCAGAUCGCAGGUCGUGAACUCCAUGCCGAAAAUCGCCGUCGACAAAGAUACGGAGGGCAACCUUGGCGUUUAUGCAGUUACAGAUAUCGAAGUGGGAGAAAUUGUAUACGUCGAUGAACCGUCCAUAAGAGGGCAUCUUCAUAAUUUUAUGCCCAAUGAUCAAGUGGAGCAUCGCUGCGAAAAUUGCAAAAGGCAAAUCGAGGCGGAUACGCUAGUAUUAGCAGGACAAGCAUUGGGAACAAACCAGCAAGUUAGUAGGAAAGAUCUCUGUAGCUGCUCUAAACUCUCCUCAACCCCUUUAUUUUGGUGUCCUCCACCGAGUGAUGAAGAUGAGCGUUCAUCCUCCUCUCCAACCAGGAUGGUCACCCGUUCGCAGACAGCAGCAACGAAGAGGCAGAGAACAGACGCAGAAUCUCCAGACUCUGAGCCAGUCGCACCGCCAACUAAGAAGCUCCGAUCAUGUUUGGAGAUAGCCCGUUCUCUCUAUCAUUACGACGCCUGCGGAAAAGAUUGGACUUGGCUGCACGAUUCCAUGAGACCUCGUAGGUGCUUCCCAUAUACAAACGAAAGCCAUGGAACGCUCCUGAGUUUGCUGCUUCGAGAAGUGUUUGACAUUACACUUCAUCGUCGAAAGGUUGACAAAAGACCUGCUCUCUUGGCGCACGAAAUUGACGAGCUGCUACCCCUAUUCGCAGGAAAAGCGAAUGAUAAUUUCCCAUUUUCUUUCUCAGCAAAUGUUAGAGUACCCUUCGAUAUCCUGAUGAGUCUGGGGGUGAACAUUUUCCGGGAUCUUACCUUUGACACGUGGGUAAUCCAGUCGGUGCUUCGAAAACUUGUCCCUAAUGUUAUUCCAUGGGACGCUCAUCGACGGGGACCAUUGGAUCACCCAGAAGGGCAAACAAUCAAACUGGCUCGCAGCAGUAUGCACGGCACGACAGGACAACUGGAGCCGACACUCAGAGAUCUAUAUAUUUUUCCUGGCAUGGCAAUGUUCAACCACUUUUGCAACGACGCACACAACGUGAUUUGGGAUUGGGACUCAUCUGUCCCGAAUCGCAUCAUAAUCUGGGCGCGAAAAAAUAUCCCUAAAGACGCAGAGCUCGUUUUGUCAUAUGCUAGUCGCCAACUAUCGCACCAGAAUGCCUUUCGCCUGUUCCAAUCGAGAUGCAAUUGCCCGAAAUGCAUUGAAAAUACAAGCAACGACAGCACUCCCUCAUAUCCUGGUAAUUACGACCACCCUAGUCAUCCACAUACUCCAUCAGGCUCGGGUUCAGUCCAUAGUGGCGGGGGGAAUAAUCAGCCGUCUGGUCGGGAUUCAGAUCGAGGUCGUGCCAGCGCGAGCCCGAGUGUCCAGGACGACCAGGAUGAUACAGACCGACUGGAAAACCCAAUACGCCAGAUCAACGUAGAUGAGAACUACGAUGAAUCUACGAGCUCUGGUUCUACAGAGAUCCUCAGAGAUCCUUAA